CCUCCCCCCGCUCUUUUACGCGCCAGCGGCCUUAAAUCCAGGGAUUCCCUCUUUUGUUACUUUACAAUCAUACCUGGUUCUUCAUGCAGGCCACGUUCUUCUCUUCUUCCCCUUCUUGAUCCAGCAAAGUACUUUUUGCGUCCUCCGGCCUGCGGGCUUGGCGACAUGUCCAGGUCGAGCUCUGCGGUUCUCCAUCAGAGUUCGAGAUGUGCAACUAAGGUUCCUCGACACUCCAACAUAAUAGUGUCUUCUGCACCAGUAAUCACCAGUUCUUCCUUCACCUCAGCCGCUUCCUCUCCCUCAUUCACAAAUCCGGUCCCCGCGUCCUCGACCGAGAGCUCAUUGUCAAUCGAGCCCUCCCCGUCCAACACAUGGCAUUCAACAGCUGCAGCUGCAGAAGCUCUUACAGAUGCCACGGCUACAAAGUCGUCACAACCAUCGGUUGGUGACUCAGUGGUCGUCCCGGCGACAACUGCAUCCUCUAUCCUGGCAAAUCCCAGCGACUACAAUCUCAUACAAACACACACGGAGGAUGGCACUCAUUUGCAUAUGCCUGUGUCCUCACGGACAAGUUCAAUAUCAAGUUACCAAACGCCCAUGUCGACAUCAGAAUCCUCCACUGAUGUACUAAGCCCCAUAACGUCAACGAUGUCAACGACACAGUACCCUCACAGCUCUUCUACUUCGUUUAUUCCACACUCAGCAGUAACUAGCGCUGUCACUUCAGCCAAUAGCUCGUCGCAUGGCUACAUAGAUCAGUCGAAUCAUGGUGACUCUCACUCCUCACUGCGCGCAAUCUUGGGAGGCGUUCUAGGAGGUGUAGCUUUUGUUGCUCUUGCGCUUGCAAUAGGUUAUUUCGUGAUGCGUCACAAGCGGCGCAAACCCCGUGACGAGUUGGUCACUGGCACGAGUGAAGAACACCUGCAAGAUGACCGCAGUCCGGCUACUUCCUCAGCAGGCUCACAUCAAGUAUAUCAGUCGUGCGGGUCAUCUUUCACCGACAACUCCUCUACCCCCUCCAGCCCUCUUCGCGCUAUGUUCCCGGUAUCAAUUCCGGCCAAGAGCUACCAAGCGCGUCGGACCCCUUCCGGUCCGAACAUCCUCUCCGAUACAAACCCUUUCCUAGACUCUGCGGAGAUCAAGUAUGUGUCGCGUGGUAGUGGCGUUCCCAGCACCGCGGGGACGCUCCGCAACCCGUUCGCUGAUGCCGCUCCAAGUCACACUGUCGUCAUGCGACAAUCAUACAUGUCGCAGCGACCCGCGUCAGCUGCCUGGUACUCCAUGCAUAGUGAUCGCAGCUUAGGCAGUACGGUCCACCUCCCGGGGCGGAGCAGUGCGGGAAGUAGCCUGCAGCGACUCAGCUACCCGUUCACCGUGGCUGAGCUAGAAGCAUGCGAGCCCAUGGCCAGACUAAGCACGCGCAGUGACCCCUUUGAUCUGGAAUGUCCACCCCACGGUAUGCACAGGCGUAGUUCUACCGCCAUACCGGUGGGGCACGUCUAACUUACGGCUGAGGAGAGAGAAGAUAGAGCUUUUUGCUGCCCGCACACAGAGUGUAGGACACGGAGAAGCACACGAGAUACGCGACAUGAGUCCACGCUAUCCUCUUCGAUCAAGCAUAUGGAGUUCCCGUUUGGUUCGUUGAGCAGGGAAUGCAGAGAGAUGGAGCGGAUUUUACUUCAGGAUAGAUGUAUAUGUAUUUUACUUAUGAUUGGUUCUGGUUAUUAUCAGGCAUGGCACGCAGGUGGUGAGUAGCGAAGGGUAAGUAAGGGUGUGCCAUGCUCCCACGGCUGUAUUUGUAUGUGUACGAUAAUUACAUGUGCAAUUGUCGUGUGCGAAUACAAUUUCCAAAAUUCCUAUUUCGAAUAUGAUACAGCCUAGUCACAUAUCC